UAGCACCAUGAUGGCGGUGUCAGCUCGAGCCCAGGUGAUCUCUCUCUACAGGUUACUGAUGAAGGAAAGCAGCAAGUUCCCCUCUUAUAACUACAGGACCUAUGCACUGCGGCGGGUGCGUGAUGCCUUCAGGGCAAACAAGAAUAUCGAGGAUCCGAAGACGGUGGAGAAGCUGAUGACGGAGGGACAAGAGUCACUGGCAAUGAUACAGAGACAGGUGUGUGUGGGGAAAAUGUACGAGGCUCAGAAGAUCGUGGUGGAGGGUUAACUCCCCCCCUCCCCCCCACCCCUCUGCAGGAGGACCGUCCCAGCAAACAGGAUGUGACAUCAGAGACGAACCAGUCCCCCCUCCCCCCCAAUCACAGCAGACGACCAAUCAGCUUCUUCUUCUUCCUCCUGUUAGACGAUGUUUAUGUUUGGAUGGAGGAGAGAGAUGCAUUGUGGGAGUAAAGCUGUGAAAUACCUGAAGUUUGUCUGGAGGAGUUUAGACUUUUCUUUUCUUUAGGGAUGCACCGAUCAGACGUUACCUGGCUGUUACUGAUUAUUGAUCAGGUAUCGGACUGAUUGAUCAGACGGUGUUUAAAGGUUCCUCUACUUAAAGCGAAGCUGCCUAAUGAUUAUUUUCACUGUCUCGAUUGAUCAUUUCUUCCAUAAAAACUGUAACAAAAAACACAUUUCUAAUAACAAUAACAGUCUAAGAUGAAAGAGAUUAAAUAUAAAGACUCAAACGUGUCACAUGAUGCAACAGCUGAGUAUAAAGGUCAAUAAUACCGUUAGAAACACAGACUUCAGUCAUUAUGUGUGAGAGAAAAAAUGAUAAUUUGACUUAAAAACCAACAUUUCAUUAAUUUGACACUGAACAAAUUUGAUAUCUCAAGAAAAAAUUCAAUUUAAAAGACUGAAAAAGCAGUGAAAGUUUAACCAAAGACUCAUUUAUUUGUUUCAUUUCACUUUGACUGGUUUUUUUGUUGCUUUUAGAGUUAAAAUCAGACAAAUCCUGCUGAUAUUUGAUCUGUUUCAUUUGCACGCAGCUCAUAGGAAAGUGUUCAAGGAGGCUGAACGCUGCUUAAAGUUCAGGAUGUUGACUCAACCUGUGAAGCUCGUUCAGAGUCUAAAAGAACCAGACAGAAUAAGAAGCUUUUACUCAUUUAACCGUCUGAGUGGCAACAAAAAAGAUGAAGUAAUAUUAAGAUUAAAACUUUCUUUUCCACAUUAAACCAAAACAACGACUGUCUGUCUCGAACAUUAAACCUUUAACUGUCCGUCUAAACUUAAACAUUAAAACCUUUAAUCAUGUUUCAGGUGUUAAGAGCAGAUGUAUUUUGCAACUUGCUUAUUAUUAUAACUGUUAUAUUUACAGUCAGUGUGUAAGAAUCCAGUAUUUGGGUCCAUCACAUUCAGCCAAACUCUAAUUAAAUGACAGUAUGAGUGAUUAUAAAGGAUGGAAACAGAGAAAUGACAGAAAAAUAAGAAAAAAGACAUUUAAAGAUGUGAAAAGUGAGGAAGAGUCUCAUUAACUGACUCAUAACAGCUGACUGGUCGGUGCUUCCCUCAGAGGAGUUUCUCUUUUCUUUCUAGUGUUAUUUUUGUAUUUAAAAAAGCGCACAAUUAGCUGAUCCUGCACAAGAUUAUCAAUAUAUAUAUAAAACUAAGAGAUGUGAGAAAUGACAGAAACAGCUGUUUACACUCAAAUAGACCAAUAGUAAAAGAGUUCAGAUGAGUCACAUGAUGCUGCAGUCGGGUACGAAGGACGAUUAAACUGUUAGAAACAAGAGUUCAGCCAAGAUGUUCUCUCUUUCUUUCUUUCCUCCCUUCCUUCUUUCCUUCCUCCAUCCCCUUUUCUUCCUUCCUUCUGUCCUUCCUUCCUCCCUCCCUCCUUCUUUCCUUCCCUCCUCCUUCCUUCCUCCCUCCCUCCUUCUUUCCUUUCCUCCUUCCUUUCCUUCUGUCCUUCCUCCCUCCAUCCUUCUCUCUUUCUUUCCUCCCCCCUACCUUCCUCCCUUCCUUCUAUCCUCUGUCAUCUUUUCCUUUCUCCCUCCCUCCUACCUUCCUUCCUUCCUUCUUUCCUUUCCUUCCUCCCUUCCUUCUUUCCUGUACUCCCUCCCUCCUUUCUUUCGUUCCUCCCUUCCUUCAUUCCUUCUUCCUCCCUUCCUUCCUCCCUCCCUUCCUUCCUUCCUUCCUCCCUUCCUCCCUCCCUCCCUACUUCUUUCACUCCCUCCUUCUUUCCCUCCCUCCUUUCUUUCGUUCCUCCCUUCCUUCAUUCCUUCUUCCUCCCUUCCUUCCUUCUUCCUCCCUUCCUUCCUCCCUCCCUUCCUUCCUUCCUUCCUUCCUCCCUCCCUCCCUACUUAUUUCACUCCCUCCUUCUUUCCUUCCCUCCUUCCUUCCUUCCUCCCUCCCUUCCUUCCUUGACUCAGGACAACAGGAGGGUUAAAAAAUAUUUCAAGAAAAAAGCAGAAUUUUUGCGGGAAAAGUUGUAACUGUGAGAAAAAAGGUGAAAAUAUUGGAUUUAAAACAUCAGUCAUGUGUUCUGUGUUAAAGAGGUCAAAGGUCAGAAUACUAAAGCUCAUAAAUGUUUGACUUUAUUAUUGAAAUAUUACAACUUUAUUCUCCAAAUAAAAGUGUAAUUAUGAUCAUUAUUUUCCUAAACUUGUCUUUCCAUGUCUGAGAGUUGCAGCCAAACUGUUAAUUAAAUGUUUUAUUACAUCAUCAUAAAAACUCUGCUGCCAAUUAAAGAAAAAGGUUUCACUAUAAAAGACACAAAACUGAAAGAAGAACAUGCAGAUUUCUGAAUGUUAGCACUGAAACAUAAAAGAAUCAGUUAUUGAUCAUCUGUCUGACGUCUCCGUUUAUCUUUUAAUGUCAGUUUGAGUUCAGCAAAUAAAAACUUACCAAA